AUGGCCUAUGUCAACUCCGUGCCUAAACUCUACAGAUCUGUAAUUGAAGAUGUAAUUGAAGGAGUGCGAGAUCUAUUUGCUGAAGAAGGUAUAGAGGAACAAGUUUUAAAAGACUUGAAGCAGCUUUGGGAAACAAAGGUUUUGCAGUCUAAAGCAACAGAAGACUUCUUCAGAAAUAGUGUCCAUUCACCUCUGUUCACCCUUCAGUUGCCACACAGCUUGCACCAAACAUUGCAAUCCUCAACAGUUCCCAGUUUUACCACAGCAGAACUGGGUGCCUCAAACUCCAGUGCAAACUUUACUUUUCCUGGUUAUCCUAUUCAUGUUCCUGCAGAUGUGACACUACAGACUGCAUCUGGUCACCUUUAUAAAGUCAAUGUACCAAUUAUGGUGACACAGGCUUCUGGAAGAGCAAGUAUUCUUCAGCAUCCAAUUCAAGUAUUUCAACAGCUUGGGCAACCUUCAGUAAUACAGACCAGUGUUCCACGAUUGAACCCAUGUUCUCUUCAAGCAACUACUGAAAAAUCACAGGGAAUGGAAACUGUGUUCCAACAACCCACAAUUCUUCAUUCUGGGACAAUGGAUAGGAAGCCUUUGGAAAAUGCCACCAGUGAUAUACUUGUAACUCCUGGAAAUGAACAUAAAAUAAUGUCUGAAGCUUUGCUGAGUCAGCCAGAGGGCUCUCAGUAUAUCAGUCUUCCAGGAGUUGUUUUUCCUCCACAAGUCUCUCAAACAGUUGCUAACGGGGAGCCUUUGCUCCGUGUUUCAGCUAAUGUGACUCAAAAUCUUCAUGGUGGGCCCCUGCCCCCAGGCCUUCAGGGGGCUCAGCACCAGCACAUGUCUGAUGUUCAGCUUCAUGUUCUUAAAAAUAGGAUUUUUGGAUAUGAUUGUGUAAAGCAGCCAAGACAUAUAGAGGAGCCAAGCAGCCUAUCUGUCUCGGACAAGGAUUCUAAUUCUCAGAUGGAUUUAAGCAUUCAGGGAACUGAUGAUGAUAUUAAUGAAAUAAUUCAAAUAGAUGGGACUGGUGAUACAUCUUCCACUGAUGACAUAGGAAGUUCAAGAGAUGUGGAUGAGAAUGAAUUUCUAGGGAUUAUUGAUGGAGGAGACCUGAAGGUACUUGAGGAAGCUGACAGUAUAUCAAAUGGAGGUUCAACUGCCAACAGUAGUGAUAAUGAAGACCCUCAAAUAGACAUUGUGGAGGAGGAUCCUUUAAAUUCCGGAGAUGAUGUUAGUGAGCAGGAUGCACCAGACCUGUUUGACACAGAUAAUGUAAUCGUCUGUCAGUAUGACAAGAUUCAUCGAAGCAAGAACAAAUGGAAAUUCUAUUUGAAAGAUGGUGUUAUGUGUUUUGGAGGGAGAGACUAUGUAUUUGCAAAAGCCAUUGGUGAUGCAGAGUGGUAA